UCGGUGUACAUUUUCCUUUCUCUUGUUUAUAUUGUAUGAAAUAAUUCCGCUGUGAGCCAAUAAUCUGUUUUACGUGUCUUGCAUCCAUGGCCAAACGUUGCACGUGAACAAACUUAAUUAGUGAAGUAAAGACGCAUCCAUUCCACGCACUGGGGUUCAUCAAAACGGCACACCCAUUCGUACACAUUGACUUAAAGCAUGGCUACGUUAGACGAUAAGCUGCUGGGGGAAAAGUUAGAAAACUAUUGUAGCAGCAGCGAAGAUGAAGCUGCAGAAGACGAUUGCGAUUCGAGUGAGGCGUCUGGUACGGGAAAGUCUGCGGGUAAGCAGGGCCCAUCGUCGAAAUCUGGGUUUCGUCGUGUGACCGAUAGUGAGACUGCUACACUGACGCAGAACAAAACCCACUGGGCAGGAACGACGGGAAAUACGGGUCCGAAAGGAGUUAUACAAGAUUGGCAAAGAUUCAAACAGCUAGAAGCCGAACGGCGUGAACAAGACGAAGCGGAAAAGUUGCGCUUGCUUAAGAAGCUUAGCAUUACUGCACGCACCAAGGAAGAAGAUAAUGCGGCCGCGGCAAUGAGCGAACUAGACGCAGAGUUUCAAGAGUUAAUGGAUGAGGAUUUUCUGCUAGAAUAUCAGCGGAAACGCAUGGCCGAGAUGCUUGCCUUAAUGGACAAGAAAGGUUGCUACGGGCAACUUAUCCACCUGAAGGAUGGAGGUGAAUUUCUGCAAGCCGUCGAUAAGGAAGACAAAAACACGACCGUCGUCAUACAUAUCUACCGUGAAAAGUAUGGCCCGUGUGUUAAGAUGAAUGCAGCGCUCACAACACUGGCGAAGGAGUAUACAAACGUGAAGUUUUGCAAAUUUAUUAGCAGCGAUGCAGGGCUAAGCAAUAUGUUUAAAACUUCCGGUGUCCCAGCUCUGCUUGUCUACAAGGGUGGGCAGAUGAUUGGCAACUUCGUGAAGCUGGUCGAUGAUCUCAGCGAUGAGUUUGAUUUCAGUGAUGUUGAGAGCUUUCUAGUAGAGAAUGGCAUCAUCAACGACAAGUCCUGCAAACCGACCAUCGUUGAGCAGAAGUAGAACCGUGAAAAGGGAUCUCAUUUUACUUAUUUGCAAUGACGCAUCAUGUUUUAUUAAAGAAA